AUGUCCAGCUUCCGCCAGUUUCAGAAACAACCUCCAGAGCUCCGAUACAAGAUAUUGGAGCUCGACAUGACGCCUCGUGGAACUCGUGUCCGCGCAAACUGCCACCAGCCCGGCAUGUCCAUCUUCUCCCUGCCCUUUCUCGUUUGUCCGCAUCGAGCGCUGCGCGUCUACCGAGACUCGUGCACGUUCAUGGUCAACUACGACCUCGACUUCUUUUGCGUCCACGAGCGGCAUCUCGCUCUGCUGGCCCUCGGUCCGCACCGGCGCCAGAUCCGCCACGUCGAGAUGUACUGCCACCUCACCGACUAUGAUUGGUUUGCUUCGCCCGGUGACGACUGA